UGGGAUCUCUGUUUGUCAACUACCUGUUCAUCAAGUUGUUUGAAAUCAAAGAUGCUGAUGUUCCUGUUAUUGAGCAAACUCUGUUCACAAAUAUCUUUGCCGUGAUGACCGGAAAUGGUAAGAAGGCACCGAACGACAUCAAAGAACAUUUCACGACCUUCUGUGUCCUGACGACUUUGGACCCGCAGCUGCUAAAAAGUAUAAACUACUCAAGCGUUCUUUCCAUUGCCGGUAAACAGUACGAAACACUUACCAGAAACUACAUACAUGAAACACAUGAUAAAAAGAUCAAUCAUGUAUUUUUUGGCUGUGUUGUCUGAUAAUAAUUCUGUAAACUUCUGUAAAAAAUUUGACGGUAGCAGAACGAAAAUAAUAGCACAUUAUAUCUAUGGAAAGAAGCAGGGACCAAGCCCCUCAUGGCCUGCCUCUCUCUCUAGAAGUGAUGCUCUAGACAAGAUAGUCGCCAAUUUCACUGCCAUAUGGGAAAAGUAUCAGCCAAGUGAUUGCGACUUAAAAACACUGUAUUCUAAGCCGCACUUAUUCUUCAAGUGGUUCAACUUUCUCUCUAAGGAGGUCCAAAAGAAGGUUUUUAUUAUGGAGCCACAAGCAGCAAAAGUUGCAUCAAAGGCUUACAUUCUCCGAAAACUUCUCGAAAUUCCAUUUGCUGCUACGUUGAAUAGGCAGAAGUUUAGUUCUCUGCUUGAGCAAAUAUUAGCAGCAGUCAAUUCAGAUAAGCCUUUUCUUCCGGGGAACAACCACAGAACCUCGCGUCACAACAGAUAUCCGUGAUACAAGUCUUCAUCGACACCGUAAAAGGCAGAAUCAAUGAUGGAACUUUCCUACAAAAUACACAGAUACUAGAGGCCAUCGCUUUGUUUUUCACUCGCACCAUUAUACUUAGUCAAAACCAAGUCAAUCCAAAUCGAUACUCAGGCGUUUUAGAGAUUAGCGAAAG